AUGGCUUGUAUUGAAAAUGUCCUGGGAAGACGUGCUCCUUCACCCAUAGUUGGCACUAUGGACAAAAAUGGGAACCAAGAUCUGCACCAGGACAUGCCCAAGGAAUGUGUGAGUUCCAUGCUAAGGGAAGAUGUGGAGCCCUGGGGCCACACUCACGUCCCGCUGAUACCUUCCUUCAACGUGCUGACCGAUCUGACAAGACAGCAACUGGAGCGACCCUCUGAGAGAACAGGAUCCUGCAUUCCUGUUGAUAGUUCCAGAGCUCUUAGACAGCCUUAUGGGCCACCACCUGCUGUUGCGGAAGAGUCCCUAGCAACAGCAGAAAUAAAUAGCUCUGAGGGGCUGGCAGGCCAGAGGCAGAAGGGACAGGAUUCUAUUAAUAUGUCCCAGGAAGACUCUGGCGGCCCUCCUGCACUGAUGGUAGGGGGCACAAGAGUCAGCCAUGGAGGCACUGAGAGAGGUGGCCAUAAUGCCAGGUUUUAUUUGACUUUGCCAAGGGGUAAAGGUUUCUUUCAACCCAGGAUCCCACAAGUAAGAGGCCCUCCACAUAUCCCUACCCUUAGAUCCGGGAUAGUAAUGGAGGUACCUCCAGGAAAUCCUAGAAUGGCCUGCCAGGGAAGGUUGGCACAUGUUUCCUUCCCUCCGGGAAGUCCACGACACACCAUGGAUAGGUGGACAAGGCCUAUCCCACUGUCUUCCAGUACUCCAGGUUUACCUCCUUGCUCUACCGCUCAUUGCUUCAUACCACCUCAGCCUCCAAGUUUCAAUCCCUUUCUUGCUAUGCCCAUUGCUUUUGCUCCUCCCCCAAUAUUUGCUCCUCCACUGCCCUCUUAUUUUGCUCAUUUCCCUUCUGGGGGAAUGCUGGUUGCUUCAUCCUCAAGCAGAGAGCACAACUGA